AUGAGCUAUGUUCAGGGGAGCUUAGAACCACCCCUCAUGGGCAAGACUCUGGGCCAAUGCAUGGAUGACAUGGCAGAAAAGAAACCUGACCAUGAUGCUUUCGUCUUUGUGGAGGAAGGAGUUCGUUGGACCUUUAGCCAGUUCAGAGAACAGGUUGACCGUUUGGCCGCUGGAUUCUUGGCCAUUGGUCUGAAGAAAGGAGACCGGAUAGGGAUAUGGGAUUCCAACACCUCAGAGUGGGUUCUGACUCAGUUUGCUGCUGCUAGGAUUGGGGCUAUUCUGGUCACCAUCAACCUAGCCUAUAGACCCAAUGAGCUGUACUACACUUUACAAAAGGCUGGUGUGAAGGCAAUAGUCUCGGCUCAGAACUUCAAGACCCAGAAUUAUUAUGAGAUGCUUUCCACUGUGUGUCCUGAACUGGCAACCUCAGCCCCAGGCAGACUAAGAAGUGAAAAAUUACCAAUGCUAGAAUCUAUCAUCAUGCUGGGAAAAGGGGAUUUCCCUGGUGCCCAUAUGUUUGAUGAUGUCAUUGACAUGGGAAACAUUGAGCACAAGCUCAUGGUUGAGGGCUAUGCAAAGACGGUGCAGUUUGAUGAUCCAGUCGCCAUUAUGUUCACCUCUGUAAGGUACCACUGGAAAUCCAAAGGAGCGACUAUGACUCACCACAGAAUUGUUAACAAUGGCUACCACAUCGGCUGUAGAGUUGGCUAUGAUAAGGCAGAGCAUAUAAUGUGUCUACCUAUACCCCUCUACCACAUCUUUGCUUGUAUUGGAGGGCCACUUGUCGGUAUCACCCACGGAGUAACCAACGUCUACCCCACCUCUGGAUAUGAGCCUGUAGCUACCCUCAAAGCCAUCCAGGAUGAGAGAUGCACAUUCGUCUACGGCACACCCACCAUGUUCAUUGAUCUGAUGAGCCAGCCGACUUUUAAAGACACAGAUAUGAGCAGCGUCCAUAGUGGUAUCAUAGGAGGAGCACCAGUCUCUCCGGAAAUAAUCAGACAAAUGACCAAGGGCAUGGGCAUGAAAUAUGUUGCUGUUGGUUUUGGUAUGACGGAAGCUGGACCAAUGAUUGCUAUCGUUGAUGAGGAGGACCCACAAGAUAAACAAUUCAACACUAUUGGAAGACUCUGCCAGCAUAUGGAGCUUUCUAUCCAUUUACUUAUCAUCCCUCUUUAG